AGCCCCCACAGCUGCAUGGAGCCGAGGCAGCUGACCCCGAGGAUGCCCAUGGUGGGCACCUUUGUUUACUUGGGGUCCUAGGUAGCCCUCAGAGACGUGGACAGCUGGCUCCUCAGCAGCAUGGCACUUAACCUUGGUGCUGGAACAGAGAAACGUCUGUUUGUGUUUCCAGGAACGAGGGGACAGCUGGCCCACAGAUAGCAGGCUAGGUCAGCUGAGGGUUGCCUUGGCGGCUUUAAGCAAACAGCCAGAGCCAGGGCGGAAGAAGGAUGGAGAAGGGCCUGGUGGGACUGAGAACAACCUGAGAGCUGGUUUCUAGCCGAGGCUACUCGGAAAGGUGCAGGUGAGGCAGGCGACUCAGGGACCUGGGGGCCACCAGCAAGCUACCGGCCUCUACCCGGCAGAUGUGACUCCUGCCCUGGGCUGUGCUCCCCGUCAUGGCCGACACCAUCUUCAGCAGUGGAAAUGAUCAGUGGGUUUGCCCCAACGAUCGCCAGCUCGCUCUGAGAGCCAAGCUGCAGACGGGCUGGUCUGUGCACACGUUCCAGACAGAGAAGCAGAGGAGGAGCCAGUGUCUGAGCCCCGGGGAGCUGGAGGUCAUCCUUCAGGUCAUCCAGAGAGCAGAGCGGCUGGACAUCCUGGAGCAGCAGAGGAUCGGGCGGCUGGUGGAGCGCCUGGAGACAAUGCAGAAGAAUGCGAUGGGCGACGGCCUCUCCCGGUGCCUGCUCUGCGGGGAGGUGUUGGGAUUCCUGGGCAGCUCCUCAGUGUUCUGCAAAGACUGCAGGAAGAAAGUCUGCACCAAGUGUGGGAUCGAGGCUUCCCCUGGCCAGAAGCGGCCCCUGUGGCUGUGUAAGAUCUGCAGUGAGCAGAGAGAGGUCUGGAAGAGGUCAGGGGCCUGGUUCUACAAAGGGCUCCCCAAGUACAUCUUGCCCCUGAAAACCCCUGGCCGGGCUGAUGAUCCCCACUUCCGACCUCUGCCUGUGGAGCCCACAGAACCACACCCUCAGAGUGCUGAAACCAGCCGCGUCUACACAUGGGCCCGAGGGAGAGUGGUUUCCAGUGAUAGUGACAGUGACUCAGAUCUCAGCUCCUCCAGCCUGGAGGACAGACCCAUGCCCUGUGGAGUCAAGGACACAAAAGGUGACAAGCCUAGAGGGGGCUCAGGUGGCAGCACAGAGUCACCCAGGAUGGGGCCUGCCCGCCCGCCCAGCCAUCUUUCGGGCAGCCAGAGCAGCCUGGGCAGUGAGGCUGGGACAGGUGCUAUGGAGCCACAGGGAGGCACCCCACCCCGGCCUGAGCUCAGGGCACCCGGCAAAAGACACACAUGGACAACUCCCCGCUACUGAGAUGGCCAGCUGACAUCCCUGGGCUGAGGCAGACCCCUCAUGAGGAACAAGAUUCAGAGACAACAGGGCCAGCCCACCAGAGCUCCUCUCUGAAGGUUCUUGAGGCCUCACAAGCUCCCUGAUACCUUGACCUGCACCUCAACAAGCCAGUGUUUGGGGACCGAGUGCUUGCCCCCACCCUGUUGUGCCUUAUCUAUCUCACUCAGCACCCCACCUUUAUUUAUUGCCCCUCCCCAUCCCAGUCACAUCUCGAUUUACUCUGGUCUUGAGUUGGGCUGGGAAGGCCUUCCUGUAUGCACUGAAGUUUGGGUGGGACCACACAGGGCUUUCUUUGUACUUAAUGAUGAGAAAUCUAACCUUCAGUGUAACCCUGCAGAGCUGAGCACCCCCCACCCCCCACCCCCCCACCCCGUGUAAGCCUGGAGCACCCACCCCUUUCCCUCUCCCUUCCACUGAUGGAGGCCAGAGCAGGGUCCUAUUUGCCCUGAGGCUGGUCCAGGAGCUGCGUUAAAUCCAGCUUUGAGGUUUCCCUUAAGGCCCUAUUGGCCUCUGGGUUUUUGUUCUUCCCUGAAACACAGCUUUUUGUUCUUCAGUGGAAGACAAAGCUCUCACCCUGCCUCAGGCUCGCUGGCCCAGCCUGGGAGUUUCAAAUUCUAAAACCAGAGAAAGCGUGAAAAAUACUCAAAAUACAGAUGCUUUUGGAAAACCUCUCUGGAGUAGGGGUGGGGAGGUGUCCGACCUAUGACCUUCUGCCCCUGAGUUCAGUUCCACCCCUCCCACCACCAUCCCCUCAUCCACGCAGGGCGCUCUCUCCAAGGCCACCACCAUUAGCCUUUUGCCUGCUGGCAUAAGACAAACUUACCAUUCCCUGUGACCUGUAACACGGCAGCACUAAAAUAAUAAACAUGAGAAUUUUCA